CGCCUAGUCUACAGAGGCCCGUGCCCCCAAACCAUGAUUUUGACAGCAGCCGCGAGUGCACAACGGAGCAGAUUUGCACGGGCGAUAACAGCGGAGGCUUCUCAUCUUUGUCGGUCUCUUUCCGCGUUUGGCGCGAAAUUGGAUGCUCCGGAAACCCUGGCACAAAGUCCAAGCGAUAGCGAUCGAAGGUGCUACUCCACAUCGCCGCCGCGUUUCAAGAUCCAUAGCUUUGGCGGAGACGAUGGGAAGCCACUCUCGGAAAGGGAAAUGAAAGAAAUCAUCGAAGCAGAAGAGGCAAAAAUCCUGGCCGAGCGAGAGGCCAAAACCUAUCCGAACUGGAAGCCCGGCGAACGAAAACGACCUCUGAUCAAAACCCACAGCGAGGAGGAAUUCAUGAGAGAGCUUAUGCCCGAAAAAUUCUUGGACAACCCCAUCUGGACGCUGCGGGACAAGCGCUGUGGGGCACUGGCCAUCAAGGUCGGAAUGAUGCCAGUCUGGGACGAGGUUUGGGGCGUUCGGCACCCCACCACUGUGCUCUGGCUGGACCGCAACAUCGUCCUCGGGCACAAGACGGUCGAAAAACACGGAUACAGCGCAAUUCGUGUGGCGGCCGGCGAACGCAAGGCCAAGAACGUCUCCAAGGCCGUCCUCGGACAGUACAAAGASGAUCCGCAGCUCUCCGAGUCGCCGCCCUAUUUGGUGCGGGAAUUCCGAGUCACCGACGACGAACACCUGCUGCCCCUGAACUCGACYAUCCACGCGAGGCAUUUUGUGCCGGGGCAGAACGUGGACGUUUCCGGCAUCUCGAAGGGAAAAGGUUUUCAAGGUGCCAUGAAGCGUCACGGUUUUCGCGGUAUGCCGGCCAGUCACGGAACGUCCCUGAGCCACCGAGCGCUUGGAUCCACGGGCCAGUGCCAGGAUCCAGGAAAGGUCUUCAAAGGAAAGAAAAUGGCCGGUCGGAUGGGAACGGACCGGGUCACCGUCCAGAACCUGCAGAUUCUKAAGAUCGACCGUGGACGAAAUCUGAUCUACGUCAAGGGACACGUUCCGGGGCAAAAGGGAGCCUUCGUUGAGAUACGAGAYGCCGUCAAGAAACCCCUGUGGAGGACGGACAAGGUCCUCGGAUCACUUGAGCGGCCGCCCCUACCGACCUUUGAAUACGAUUCGGAGAUUGAUGGGACGGGCGAGUGCUACGAAGAAUUCAUGCCACUUGGCGAUGAAGACCCUCUCGAUCCGGAUUACAUGGACACGACCAUUGCCAUUAAGGCUCAGGCAUAGAAAACAAAAUAGCACUGCUUAUCUCAAUCCGAAAUGUGCUGUGUUUUAAUCGUAGAUUCGGAUGUAGUUGGAAGAGCGUGCGACACGUGGUAUACGAAUAAUAUAGUAUUGGUCGG